UGUCUGUGUUUUCUCCCAGUGGAGGCUCUUCACCUAGGAACUCUGAUGGCUGCACAUGGUUACUUCUUCCCCAUCUCAGACCACGUCCUCACUCUCAAAGACGAUGGCACUUUCUAUAGGUUUCAGACUCCAUACUUUUGGCCAUCAAACUGCUGGGAACCAGAAAACACAGACUAUGCUGUUUACCUCUGCAAAAGAACAAUGCAAAAUAAAGCACGUCUGGAGCUUGCAGACUAUGAAGCGGAGAGCUUAGCAAGGCUACAGAGAGCUUUCGCCAGGAAAUGGGAGUUCAUUUUUAUGCAAGCAGAAGCACAAGCGAAAGUGGAUAAGAAAAGAGACAAAAUUGAGAGGAAAAUUCUCGACAGUCAGGAAAGAGCAUUCUGGGACGUGCACAGACCAGUGCCUGGAUGUGUGAAUACAACGGAAGUUGACAUAAAGAAGUCGUCCAGAAUGAAAAACCCCCACAAAACCAGAAAGUCUGUGUACGGGCUGCAGAAUGAUAUCCGUACCCACAGCCCGACUCACACCCCCGCCCCAGAGGCCAAGCAGCCUACAGAAGAAGAACUGCAAGAACAGAUCGCCUUUUGGCAAUUGCAAUUAGACAGGCAUCGACUGAAAAUGUCCAAAGUGGCAGAGAGUUUACUGGGCUACACAGAGCAGUACGUCGAAUACGACCCCUUCCUCACGCCUCCAGAUCCAUCCAACCCCUGGAUCUCAGAUGACACCACACUUUGGGAGCUUGAAGCCAGUAAGGAGCCAGGCCAGCAGAGGGUAAAGAGGUGGGCUUUCGGCAUUGAUGAGGUUUUCAAAGAUCCGGUGGGGAGAGAGCAGUUCCUCAAGUUCCUGGAGUCUGAGUUCAGCUCAGAGAAUCUCAGGUUCUGGCUAGCGGUCCAGGAACUAAAGAAGCGUCCCAUCAGAGAAGUUCCAACCCGGGUUCAGGAGAUCUGGCAGGAGUUUCUGGCCCCCGGAGCGCCCAGUGCCAUCAACGUGGACUCCAAGAGCUACGACAAAACCACCCAGAAUGUCAAAGAUCCUGGUCGCUACGCUUUUGAGGAUGCACAGGAACACAUCUACAAGUUGAUGAAGAGUGAUUCUUACAGCCGUUUCAUCCGCUCCAGUGCCUACCAGGAGUUAUUACAGGCCAAGAAGAAGAAAAGUAAGAAUUUGUUCUGAUGGCUCUUGCUUCCAGUAUUCUCAGACAAGAGAGGCACUGCUGGAUUCGUGAGGACACUGACAGACUGGACGAAAUGAAAAAUGUCAUUGAUGGAAAUUAAAUCCAGCGUUCCAGUUCUUACCAUCGUAACUGCUGGGAUCGGAGCCCCCUCUCUCACUUCCAGCGGAAACAAAUGAUGUCAGAGAGAAAAAAAAAAAGAAAAGAAAAAAAAAA